CGUUUCAGGGGGGCACCGCCAAGAGCAAAGUGGAGGGUUUUCCGCCGCCAGGGCAGAAACGGAGGAGGAAGAGGGAUUUGAGGGAGCGACCGUCACCACCAUGGCACACCGGAGGAGCCGCUGACAACCCUUUUUCGGGCUGAUCCCACCCUCGACACCUCUCCUCCUCAUCCUCUCCGGCGCCGAUCACCUCCGACCAACAGAGAUCGUCCUUGCUUUUCUCGCUUUUCUCCUCAUCCUCAAUCCGGGCCAUAGCCGGCUGAGGUAGGUAGCAGAUGACCCCGACGUCCAGCGCCAUCGCCUCCGGCGACAACAGAUGUCGCUGCCGUCAUCUCCAUCAGCCGUCGGCACUGCCUCCAGCGGGCGCCACCUCCGGCGACAACCACUAUCAUCCUCCGGGCAGCCGUCGUCUACAUGCUUGGGUUUUGUAUUACUUGUCUAGUUUGGCCUACGAGCCGACAGAGUAUUCGGCCUUCGCGCCUUCAUUAGAUUCCAGCCUUCGUGCCCCUAUUCCGGCCUGCGAGUCGGUGCCGUAGUUAGACCAUGUAUCGUCAUACGGAUCUAUGUCUCAUCCGGCUUGGAGCUACAGGAGCCAGUUACCCAUCUGGUGGACGUCUACCUACUCCUCACGGCUGCCAUGACUUGAUCAGCGUCGCGACCAAUUCAUCCAUCCAUCCGAGGGUGCCCCGAGGAAACAAAAGAUGCUCCAACAAAGAUAAAGGACAAGCUGGCGAGUAUGAUAAACUCUAUUAUUACUGCACCAGUGGAGGAAGAUAAUGAAGGAAUCCACUUUUUCCAAGCACUACCAGCAAAGGACAAUAAUGAAGGAAUCCACUUUGGCAAAAGUCAUGAUAAUGUAGUACAGGUGGACGGUGUGAAAGAAUUGAGCCCCGGGGAGCCGUUCUUUCCACUGCCACCUUAUUAAUGUACUUUAUUACUUAUAUGCUAAGGUAUUGUAAAGGUCUUUGGAUACUUCAAAAGCAGGAUAUGAUAAGAUGCGAUGGGGCCCAAUUGAGUACCCGGUCUUAUCAUAACUACUUGAGAAGCGUCUAUAAAACCUUAGUAAGUGUGCACUUUGCAAGACAGACGAGAGCACCUCGGAGUCUUACUUAGUUUGUAGCCACCUUGAGUUCACGAGCUUUUCAAAGCCCAUACUCAAGCCCUCUUUGUAAACAAAUCCUUGUAAUAUUUCUACUUUUAAGUGAGUUAUUAGUUUCUAGUACUUCCGCUUGUGCAUUUGGGAUUUCUUUUUGGCAAAGGCGGAGCCAAGUGAAACGUUACCCGGGCUGUAGCCCGGGGUCAUUUUCUGUAAAUUCCUUAUUAUCAUGUAAUGUUUCCUUUUAAUUUUACCUGGGGCCCCUUUUUUUUUACUUUAUAGCCCGGGUGGCAUCCAAAUCCAGCAAAGAGACCAAGAAAAAUAAAAUAAAAUCCUUUUUUCACACCCGUCCGAUUCAUGCAUCCAAAUCCAACGAAGUGAGAAGGAAGAAAAAUAAAAUAAAAUCCCUCUUUCUCACAUCCCCGCUUGAUUUCUUCUCGAUUCUUCUUCUUGCUCUUCACGUUCCGCGCCUCUCUCGAUUAGUCGAUGACCGCUUGCUCGGGCUGCAACAUCCUCAAGGAAGUCAUCUUCCUCUUCAUCGAGAACCCCCGCAUCUUGUCCUCCCCUCCUCAUCUCUCUCUUUGCCAACUCCCUCUUCUUUUCCGCCUUUGAGUUUUCCACCUUCUCCCUCUUCGGCGAAGAGUCUUCGCCUGCAGUUUCGCCGCUUUAGCCACCAGUCCACCACUAACCCCAAGAGCCCUGCAUACUCUGAACUCUUCUAUCGGCCAGGUUAUUUUAAUGUCAAAUCAAGAGAGAAAAAGGGGAAAUAAUAUUCUAUCAUUCUUUAAGCCAAGAAUUGAUAAUCCUUUAUCAUCCGAGAGGACCGAGACUAAUACAUCCAUUCCUAAUGAGGAGUUCGAACCUUCUUCUAAAUCUCAAAGAGUUGAGUUUGAUGAAACAUCACUUGAACGAGAUCCUGGAUUGCGUAUUCCAAUGUGGCGACAUCCAGUUAAUUAUCGUGAUGAAAUUAGACGAGCUUAUAUUAAAAUGGGCCCAUAUCAACCUAAAUUGCAAGAGUACCCACGAUCUGAAUCAGGAAAUCAACAUCGUCGAUUUCAAUAUACAUGGUUUAAAAAAUUUCCAUGGUUGGAGUACUCUUCUUCAAAGGAUGCGGCAUUUUGUUUUCCAUGUUAUCUUUUUGAAUUAAGUGAAGCACAACAAUCUGCAUUUACAGUUGAAGGGUUUAAAAGUUGGAAACGCGUUAAUGAUGGAGCCAAGUGUGCCUUUUUGUCUCACAUGGGAAGUUCUAAGUCAGUGCAUAAUAAAUCUGUAAAAUCUGUUGUUGAUGUGAUGAAUGUAACUCAACAUAUAGAUAAAGUUAUGAAUCGAGAAUUUUCUGAACAGAUUCGAAAGAAUCGAUUAAGGCUUGCAGCAACAAUUGAGAGCGUUCGUUGGCUUAGUUUGCAAGCAUGUGGAUUGAGAGGACAUGAUGAAACUUUAGAUUCCCAAAAUCGUGGUAAUUUCAUUGAGACGCUAAAACUUUUGGGAAAAUGGAAUGCUAGUAUUGGCGAUGUUAUCUUAGAGAAAGCUCCGGGAAAUGCAAAGUAUACCUCACCAGAUGUUCAAAAAGAAAUUUUACAUAUUAUUGGUAACAGAGUCAGAAAUAAAAUCCGUGAUGAAAUUGGAGAUUCUAAGUUUUGUAUUUUGGUGGAUGAAGCGAAGGAUGUAUCUAACAAAGAACAGAUGGCUAUAAUUUUGAGAUUUGUUGAUGUCCAUGGCUUUUUACGGGAGCGUUUUUUUCAAAUUGUGCAUGUUCAUGACACCACAGCUGCAACACUUAAGAAAGAAAUAUGUGAUGUACUCACUAGAUAUAAUCUAGAAAUACAUAAUAUGCGAGGUCAAGGGUAUGAUGGUGCUAGCAACAUGUCUGGUGCUUUUAAUGGAUUGCAAGCUUUAUUUCUUAAAGAUUGCCCCUAUGCAUAUUAUGUGCAUUGUUUUGCCCACCGACUCCAACUAGCGUUAGUUGCAGCUGCUGAAAAUGAGAUCUCUAUAUGGCUUUUCUUUUCGAAUAUGACGACUAUUGUUAAUCUUGUUACAUCUUCUGCCAAACGCAAUGCCGAGUUACAAUCUGCUCAAGUUAAUGAAAUUGCACAUUCUGUUGUUGUCGGUGAACGUGAGACUGGGCGAGGAGCUAAUCAGAUUGGUACUUUGCAUCGAGCAGGAACUACUCGUUGGAGCUCCCAUUUUGAAUCUAUUUGCGACUUAAUAGAUAAGUAUAAUGCAAUUAUUAAUGUGCUUGAAAACAUUGUCACUGAUGGUUCCUCUACUUCGAUGCGUGGGGAAGCUGGCGGUUCCUUAAUAGUGAUGAAGUCUUUUGAUUUCAUUUUUAUUUUGCAUUUGAUGCAUAAAAUUAUGGGGAUCACAGAUUUACUUUGUCGUGCCUUGCAACAUAAAUCUCUUGAUAUCAUAAAUGCAAUGGAUUUGGUCUCUACAACUAAAGCACUUCUUUUGACAUUGAGAAAUGAUGGUUUUGAUAUUCUUCUUUCAUAUGUCAAAUCAUUUUGCACAAGAUUAGAUAUUGAUAUACCAGACAUGAGUGCUCAUUAUAAGCAUUCUAGUCGUUCAUGUCGGCAAAGGGAUACCAUCACAGUUGAGCAUCACUUUCAUUACGAUAUAUUUAAUACUGCAAUAGAUUUUCAAUUGGAAGAGUUAAACUCUAGAUUCAGUGAUGAGACAGUAGAACUUCUUAUGCUUAGCUCCGCCUUAGACCCAAAAGAUAAUUUUAAUUGGUUCAACAUUGAUAAGAUUUGCACUCUCGCUGAGAAGUAUUAUCCUGAGGACUUCACUGAACAGGAAAUGCAUAAUUUGAGGUGUCAACUACAACAUUAUGAGCUCAAUGUGGUUUGUCAUGAAAAAUUUCAAAAAAUGUCCACUAUCUCAGAAUUGUGCCAAGGGUUAUUUGAAACAAAAAAAUUGCAAUAUUAUAAUUUGAUUGACAAGUUGAUUCGUCUAGUUUUAACUUUGCAUGUUUCUACGGCAACUACAGAGCGUGCAUUUUCAGCUAUGAAGCAUAUGAAAACAGUUCUUCGUAAUAGAAUGGGAGAGGAUUUUUUGACCGAUUCUAUGAUUAUUCACAUUGAGAGAGAGUUUGCUGCAAGUAUUGAUUCAGAUUCUAUAAUUGAUGAAUAUUAUACUUUGAAGAAUCGUAGAUCACAACUUCAAUAA